AUUGGAUUAUCUCUCAUCGAGAACGUCCGACGCCGGCCGAGCGGUACCGAGAGCACCGUAACGAGACGCAAAGUACAUCGGGAAAGAAUAUACACCGAUGGUGGAUCGGUAUUGCUCCGCUGAAUAUUUAUUUGUACGACCGUGUCAAGAAUUGGUCGUAAUGUGCGAACGAGCAGAUUCAGACUGAACUAAGUGACCGUGGACGUUGAAGGUUUGAGGUUAGUUGGAGUUUCCUCGUCGCCGACAGUCGAAUUAUCGUCACUCGGUCGGAUUCUAACCUGCAUCUCGCUCGCUUAGCUUGACCUCAAAUGAACGAGUAAGGUUCGUAGUAAAAGCGACCAAAGCUCAACGCGCCCAUCAGGCCCAAAUAAAAGCCUCCCUGUCCCCACGCCUUAAAGCCGUCGCGUGGCGCUGACGAGCCGGGCGCUGGGCCAGGCGGCGCUGCGCCAGACCGGUGAGUUCCCACACAAAAUAUCGCUUGGUAGCACGGCGGGCACUCAAAGCCAACUAACCAUGUCUGUACAAAGUGUUGCUCUGGCAUCUCUCACGGCCACCUAUACCGACUCGGAGGGCGAGGACGGGGUGGAAGACGAGCGCCUGCAGGAGGAGAAUUCGAACACUCCCGCUAAGGGGGCCGCCCCGCAUAAUGCCCAAGUCGGUCGUCAACCCCAGGCCCGAUCUGGCACCAGUCCCAUAUCUGGAGGCCGUUCAGCCUCGCAUAGUCCCGCCGUCGGCAAGUCUGCCGGUAGUAGCGACUUGCCGGAAGCGGCCACAAAGGUGCAGAGAUUGGUCUCUUAUUUUGACGAUGCGGUAGUCUCCGAUGACGAGGGGGUGGCCGUUGCUGCGCCGCUGCCGUCGCUGUCGUCGGUGCCGUCGUCAUCGUCGUUGAUGGCAACGGGCGCGGCAAUCGUCGCGGCGACGGUCGCGGAACGCCCCGAGGAGAACGGUCUCCCGGUUGCGAUUGCUACUGGUGGCAACGUUUCUACCACCACCGUCGCUGCUGCUGCCGCCGCCGCUGUCACCGUCGGCGGUGGCGCUGAGCGUCGGUCGCCCUCCUCGCAUCCCGGAGAUUUGCUUUCAGAUAAUAGCGGCGAGGCGGGUGACAGUUACGGUGUGACGAUACCACCGGAACCGUCGGGUCAAUGUCCCGCCGAUCUGCAGGACAAAAUCGCGAGGCUCUAUAAGGAAAUGGAGAGUCGCGGGUUGGACAUGAACAUGGUGAUUCAGCAGCGCAAGGAUUUCCGGAAUCCCUCCAUUUAUGAAAAACUCAUUCAGUUUUGUAGCAUUAACGAGCUGGGCACCAAUUACCCACCGGAUAGAUUUGACCCCUUCAAAUGGAGCAAGGACUCGUAUUACGAGGAACUUGCCCUGGUGCAGAAGGCGGAGAUGGACAAGCUUGAGAAGGCGCGCAAGGAGAAGACGAAGAUUGAGAUCGUAUCCGGUACGGCGAAGCGACCCAACAGCUCCUCCAGCAGCGCCGACAAUGCCGACGCCAAAAAAAGGAAAAGUAAGUGGGACCAAGUGGCAACCGGUGGUGCUGCCGCCGCCGCUGCGGUCGCGGCAGCCGCUGCUGCAGCUGUCACCGCCAAACCCACGGUUCUUCUCACGCAACCCACCUUAACAACUCUCACGUCGUCCGGCACCAGCGCCAAACCCCCCGUUUUAUCGGCCUUCGGUUUACCGAAGAAGAGAUUGUAACAUAUCGUGUAAAUGUGUGCUGUGUAAAUAAUAUCUAUCCCCCUUUAGACAGCUAUGAGGCUGCAAAAAGGAAGGCGCACUCCUGUGCGCAAGUUGGAGACUUAGGUCCUUGGAUUAUUAUUGAAAUUUUUUCAAAUAAUAGCAUUUUAUAUUGGUAAUGGACGUUCAUAAAACUAUGGUUUUAUCAUGAAGAUUAUGUAAAAAAUUCCGUUUUUUUUUUAAAUUUAAUAGAAUCAAAAAUGCAAAAGUGUAUGAGUUAAAAGAAUUAAACUGACUUAAAAAUCCAAGGAUUUAAGAAUCCAAGAAUCUAGCCAUUCGCAAAAUGAAUAUGUAAAUAAUAUUGAUUACAAAUACCAUUGUCUGAAUGUGAAGUUGCUUGAAAAAGUAAAAAUGUUCUGGAGAUUUAUAUUCUUGAAUUUUUAGAUUUUUGUAUUUUUAAAUCCUUGUAAGGCUGUAGCUGUAUGUAAUUUGUGGGUCUUUAGAUCUAUCUCCAAAUCUUUUAAUUAAUAAAAAACGUACAAUCAGUCUCUUAAACUUACUUACAAAGCAAAAUUGUAGGAGCCGAAAAAUUAAGAGAAAAAAUGACUAGUUAUAAAAAAUACUCAUUCAUGAAUUUAAUAAUUCGAGAAUUCAAGGAUCUAAAAAUUCAUGCUUCUAUAUCUAAGAAUAAAAGACUUCAACAAUCAUAGAUUAAAGUAUAGGUACUCUAAAUAAUAUUAUUUAAAGAAUAAUCUUCACACAAAAGAUACAAAAAUACAGAAGAGAAAAUUGAAGCUUAAUGAACUUACGCCAACUUGAGUUGUCGACAUCUUUUAGAGAAAUAAAGAAAAAAUUUUUCUAAAAGAUGUAGAUAACUCAAGAACCCAAGUUGAUUAAGAUCCAAUAUUUUUUAAAUGUAAAACAAUUUAGAUCACAUUUUUUAAAUGUUUUUUAAAAGUUCAAAAAUCUGGAGAUUUAUGUGAUCUAAAAACCCAAAAAUUAACGAAUUUAGAAUACUAGCGAUCUAUAGACAUGAGAGAAACUAAAAAUUUGUAGGUUUGCAAAUUCAGAAAUCUAGAUACAACGUAAAAGGUAAAACCUUUUGUAAUACUUAGGUGUUGUAAUCAAAUUGAUAUUAGAAAUUUGGAGUUAAUCAAAACAAUGAUAGUAAAAUUUACGAAUAAUGAUUAAGUAAAAUAUAAUUUAAAGACUAUAUUCAAGAAUUUAAGCCAUAUUCUUAAAAUUUUAAAGCUCUAAGAAGUGUAUAUAUGUGUAUGUGCGCGCGCGUGUUUUGUGUGUGUGUGUGUGUGUGUGUAUUUUCUUGAAUAUUCUAUUUUUAAAUUAUAUUUUACUUGGCUGUUAUACUCUUAAAUUUCGAAAUUGAUAGUAUUCUUUAGUUCGCACAUAUACAAGUAUAUAAACUUGAAAAUUCAAGGAUUUAAAAAUUGACUAGGCUGAAAAUUUGAGAAAAUAUCCAAAGACUUAAAACAAGAAUUUAAAAACAAAGUAAGAAUCCAAAAGAAUGGAAAUUCUUAAUUUAAAAAUCUAUGUAUUGGUAAUAUAAGGCAAGUAUGCUACAAAUAAUCUAUAUAGACGAAAUAUUUUUUUCGUCUAAAUACCGAAACAAGCUGCCACUUAUCGAAUCUCUAUGAAUAACAGAAAUUGAGAUACAUUUCUAAGUUGUUUUUAUUUAUUCUUUUAUAUUUUAAAAUAUAAAAUAUAAUAGCAUCUACUUGCAUAUAUUUUAUCUAAUUAAUAUAAAACUAAACUACACAGAGAAAUUUUGUAUAAAAAAUUUCGAAAUUUAAAUUUUUGUUGAUGGAUUCUUGGUUUGUAAAAUUUUUAAAUUCUUGGCUUAUAUAGAACCAACAAUUAUGAAAAAUUGGUAUAACCGUUUUUUAUUAUAUAUACAUACAUGGUCACAGGCAAUGUGCAAAUUCAAUUGACCUCUCAAUUAAAUUAUAUACAUUAAUUAAGAAAAAUAUUUAAAAAAAAUUAUUUUUUUAAAGAAAGAAAAAAAUUUAUGAGGGAAAAAAGUAAUUUUAUCAUUUAGAUUUCUCUUUCUUUAAAAAAGGAUAUUCAAUUAUAUAUUAUUUUCUUAUUUAAAUAUUGCUGAAAAAAAUCAUUUAAUUACAUCAAAUUAGGUUGAGAUUGGAACAAUUCUUUUCUACAUGACUCUUACACUAAGGAAACAAAUACAAAAAAAAGAACGAGUGAACUUUUUCAUUAAAUCUGAUAUGUGCAAGUGUUAUCGUAUAAAUGAUGAGUAUUAGGCAAUGACUAUAAAUGCGAUGUUGUACGUAAUUGAUUUAUCGAAGCAAAGUAGACACGUUAGUAAUUAAAUAUUAAGUCUCAGCGUGCGACGAGACAGAUAGAGAAUUUAUGUACGUUAACGAUCGCGAAAUCGAUGUAAGAUGUACCGCAAGUUAGUAGGACUCAGUUUUUUUUUAUAUGAAAAGAGAAAAUGAAAUUCUUUCACGAAGAACUUUGUAUAUACACGCUCAUGUGUCAAUAGAGAGUAUGGAAUAUACAAUUAUAUAAAUUAUACAUUGUGUACUUUUCGUUAUUGAUAAUAUUAUAGUGCUAUAUGUUUCCUAUAA